AUGAAAUAGUAAAAACAGAUAAUAAGUGGUCGAGUAAAUGGAAUAAAAAAUUAAAUUUAAUUUACAAGAAAGGAAUGGGAGCAAAUUAGUCAUACUAAUACUGCGACUAACUAACUAACCCGACUAAAUAAAAAUAGUUAAUACGACAUCCUAAUGCGAUUGAGUCCACCGCCACGAGGCGGCCAUUUCGCUGAGGGUCCAGCUGCUCCUCAUUCCGUGGGUUGCAGUUCUGCCACAUUUUUAGGAGGCGGCCGAAGAAUGGUCGAUUAUUAUCAUCAGACUUUUUUCAUCAUGGCUUUUAUUUUCUUUUCGUGUCUCCAAAACUCUGACUCUGACGGCGAAGGUCCAGCCCAGUCAUAUUAUCAGUCGGCUAGCGAUCAGUGUAAGUGUAAAUGUCAGGUACCAAACUUGAAGUUGCUUAGUCCUCCACUAGCGAUUUAGCGCAUCGGAUAGCUCUGCUGGAGUCGAGUAGAAGGAAAUCUGCUUCUCUUUCCCUUUUGUCGGCAGGAUCAGAGCCACGUUUGACAG